UAUAACGAGUAUCGAUUAGCUCGUACCAGGCGGAGACGGUCUGUCAUUACACAAGAAGGGGAGAGAAAGAGAGAGAGAAAAAGAGGGAGAUAGAAAAGAGAGACAAUAUCAGAGAUAUUCCGGAAAAUGAAGAAGCAAAGACAGCAGACGAGUCAGCAUGCAUAUGAAGAAGAAUCGAGGAAGGUCGAAGUGCGCGAUCAAAUAAACGUAGGAAGUUCAAGUACCGGUGUAGAUGGAUGGAAAUCGAGGUCGACUACUGAUGGCUUUUUACGAGAUGGAAAAAAAGCAAUCAAGAUUAAUUCUAUCUCGAAUGUUGCAAAUAUCGAGCGAUUGGAAACAUCGGAAUAUCAGAGCAGACGAAGCGAACAUACGAUAAAGUAAAUGUCCCAUAUGACUGAUACAGUACUUCCGUUCUGGCGCCAUGUUCAAGUCGGAGAAGCUUCUUUUCCAAAACUUCAUAUAGACUAAAGCAUAAACACAAGACUGCUGGAUCAAUGAGCAUCUAGCAUAAUGUCGCCAUAUUGAUUUACAUAAGAUGCUCAUUGAUUUAGCGGUCUUAUAUUAUACUCUGUUAUGCAUUUCAUGUGUGAAGCUCUUAACACAUUCUUCAUAAAUUUAAAAUUAAAGAGAAAAAUAUAACAAAUAACAUGUGA